AUGGCGCCGUCCAGCCCGCCAUUCUCGCAGUUCGACGAGGCCAAGUCGACCGCCACGAACGUGCUUUGGCAGGCCUCCCAUUAUCGGCCGCGGACACACAGGGCGAAGGCAAUCGUCUUCUUUGCCCUCUCGUUUCUGCUCUUCUUAUGGAUGCUAUCUUCAUCGUCUAGGCCUGACUUCUGGACCAAGUUCCCAUCUCGUCACCCCUUCCCCGAACGCCCAGAAGAUGCGCAGGUCGCUCUUCCUCGGAAGUCAGAUGUCACGGUGAACGACACCCUCCCUCACGACCUGGACACGACUUACCCCCACCUCCAUGUCCUCGUCCCUACCGCGAAGGGCUCCCGCGGCGCCUGCCGCACGAUGACGUCCGCAAUGAUCCUCGGAUACCCACCGCCAACGUUAAUCGGAUACGGCCGUGAGAAGUCUGGGGCGACUGAGUUCGAGCGCACGGUGGAUCAGAUCACCCGCGUGCGGGAUUAUCUGAAGAACAGCCGGAUCGUGAAGGAUCGAGAUUUCGUCUUGGUUGUCGAUGCCCAGGAUGUUAUCUUCCAGCUGCCCCCGCGAGUGUUGAUCAAACGGUUCCAGGAUAUCAUAAGGAAAAACAACGGCAAGCUGCAGAAGAAGUAUGGCUAUGCGGUGGUAGAGAAGCCCCAGGGCGCCCCCUCCGAUCUGGUGCAGAAGUACACACAGCGGGUUCUUUUUGGCGCCAGCAAGCUCUGUUAUAGUGCGUUGGAAGGCGACCCUGGCUGCGUCUCUGUCCCCGCGUCCUCUCUACCCCCAGAUGUGUACGGAUGGAAGACGGAUACGUAUCCGGAUGGACAUUUGAACCGGCCUCGAUGGUUGAAUCCCGGUGCGGUGGUUGGUCAGGCUGCUGAUGUGAGAAUCAUAUAUGAUGAAGCACUGCGUGUGAUCGCAGAGCGCCAUAAGAAGCACGCCGACUACCAGGCUCUGACCCAGAUCUUUGGACGGCAGGAAGUGAUUCGAGAGCUGGAGCGUCUCCGUACGGUCAAUAGGGUCAAGGAGUGGGUUUAUGGGAUGCUAGGUAUAUCAGAUGCCGUCAACAUCGAUGGUAUCAGCGUCCGCCUCGAGACUGGUCAUCGUUACGAGUAUGGUAUUGGCGUCGACUACGAGUCUCAGCUGUUCUUCACCCAGAUCCUCUCGCGCAACGACGUUGAAUGGAUCAAGUUCAACAAUAUCACCAAAACCUCCCUCCUCCAAGGUCAGUUUGGUGUCCCACGAGAGCACCGACUCCUACUGCCGGAGGAUAUUGCGGCUCUUCCAAAUCCCUUCAACCAGACCCGCUUUGCCAACGAGCAGACAACAACGCCAGCAUACAACGGCACUCUGGACCAUCUACCAAACCCGAAUGAUCACUCGUGGGACAGCAUCCCUCUCAUGACAAACCCCUACUCCGCCUCUGUUCCAGUCCUGGCUCACCUCAACGGAGACCCCAAACUUCGCAACUCCUGGUGGGAAAACAUGUGGUUCUUCCCCUGGGCCCGUGCUCUGCUCCGGCGAUACGUCCGCUCGUCGCACGGCUUUGACGCUGCACAGUCAGCGCUUUUGGGUGGCCAAGACUGGUGGGACAUGCGCGGUGGACGUGGCGGGCUUUGGACUGACGAUGGGAACUGGGUCACGCUUUCCGAAGUCUGCGAGGGCCAGGAGCGAGAUCUUUUCGAUGAUGAUCUUGGCCCGUGGGCCAAGGAGAACGGUGACCCGGCUGAGCCGGUCUAUAACCAGUUCGGAAACCUCAUCAAAGGCAAAGAAAAGGAAGAAGAAAAAUACGUUUAG